CUGAAUGCUUGACUUAACGUUAGAAUAUUUUUACAUUAUAUUUCACAGUUCGUGAUAUAUUCGGCAACAAGUGAAAUACGGUAAAAGCACAAAGUAAUAGUCUAUUAUCUGAAUUUUAUUACGAAUAACCUCAGGGCUAGUACUAUCGGGUGGCAAUGUGGCAAUACUGUGUGUGAUUCUUGUUAAUUGUUUAUUCAAAAACUAAAAAUUAACCUAUAUCUUAUUAACCUUUAUCCAUUUUAAUUUUUGUUUGAAAUGGCUUCUGGUCUCGAUUCUUUUGUAAAUCAUACUGUGUCAAUAAUUACAUCGGAUGGGAGAAACUUCAUAGGAACUCUCAAAGGAUUUGAUCAAACCAUCAAUAUAAUUUUGGAUGAAUCACAUGAAAGGGUUUAUUCUACUACAACUGGCGUUGAACAAGUUAUGCUCGGGUUGCAUAUAAUAAGAGGAGAUAAUGUGGCUCUUAUUGGACAAAUAGAUGAAGAAAUUGACAACAGGUUGAAUUUAGCAAAUAUUAAAGCAGAACCUUUGAACCCUGUGGUGCACUGAAGAAAAGUAGUAUACUCAGUUAUCUCUUAAUAAAAUGAUAAUUUGAUUAUAAAAACCUGUUUUAUCAUC